AUGUCCGACGCAGCCGUAGACACCAGCUCCGAAAUCACCACCAAGAACUUAACGGAGAAGAAGGAAGUUGUGGAAGAGGCGGAAAAUGGAAGAGACGCCCCAGCUAACGGGAAUGCUAAUAAGGAAAAUGGGGAGCAGGAGGCUGACAAUGAGGUAGAUGAAGAAGAGGAAGAAGGUGGGGAGGAAGAGGAGAAGGAAGAAGAAGGUGAUGGUGAGGAAAAGGAUGGAGAUGAAGAUGAGGAAGCUGAGUCAGCUACGGGCAAGCGGGCAGCUGAAGAUGAUGAGGAUGACGAUGCCGAUACCAAAAAGCAGAAGACCGACGAAGAUGACUAGACAGCAAAAAAGGAAAAGUUAAACUAAAAAAAAAAGGCCGCCAUGACCUAUUCACCCUCCACUUCCCGUCUCAGAAUCUAAACGUGGUCACCUUCGAGUAGAGAGGCCCACCCGCCCACCGUGGGCAGUGCCACCCGCAGAUGACACGCGCUCUCCACCACCCAACCCAAACCAUGAGAAUUUGCAACAGGGGAGG